GUGCUUUGUUGGCGCACUCAGUCCAGCGAAGAACCUACAAGCAUAGCAACAGCCACAGCAGCAGAAAUACCGGUAUUAGUAAACAAAUCUGUGCGUGUGUGCGUGUGCAUGUAUACAUCUCUUUUGGCGAUUCAGCGCUUCGUUUUUUUUUUUGCUAUAUUUUGUGAUUCACUGUCGUUACAUCUUCGCUUUUCUCUCUCCUCCUGCUAUAGCGCCAGUGUGCUUUGUCUUCCUGCUCUUUGCUACACUCCCUUGUGUAACCGCGCGAGGGAAGGCCGAACGAUCGCAGCGUCGUUGGCGUCCAAAUACAGCGUCCAAAGAAGAAAACAGUACUUAAAAAAAAAAGCAUACAACGAUGUUGGACCCGAUGCAGCGCGAUGAGGGUGGAAAGGGCGAGGAGGAGCCGCACAAGCCCACCUACUUCCGCGGCUUCUUUGACGCGGAGAAGCGGCGCAAGGUGGUGAACCAAGAUCCCACCGUAGGUCAAGCCAUCGGUGGGGCGAUGAUGAUGGCGGUGCCCAUCGGACUCAUCGUUUACCUAGUGAUGCGCCGCCGCACGCGCCUCGCCACGGAGGCGGCCAGCGGUAAAGGGCCCAAAGACGGCGGCUUCUUUGGUCAGAUGCAGAAGGCCAUGCAGCAGGCGAUGAACCCGAUGGGGCAGAAGGAUUUUAAGGUGACGGUAAAGGAUACCAAAUUCAAGGACGUCAUCGGCGUCCCCGAGGCCCUCGCUGAGGUGCAGCAGUACGUGAACUUCCUCAAGACACCGGAGAUCUUCACGCGGCUUGGGGCGCGGCUACCGAAGGGGUGCAUCCUGACCGGAGAACCGGGCACCGGCAAGACGCUGCUGGCCAAGGCGGUGGCAGGCGAGGCGGACGUGCCCUUCUUCAGCUGCAGCGGGGCGGACUUUAUCGAGGUGUACGCGGGGUCCGGCCCGAAGCGGGUGCGGGAGCUCUUCGCGGGGGCCAAAAAAGAAGCGCCGUCCGUCAUCUUCAUCGAUGAGAUCGACGCGGUCGGCUCGCGCAGCAGCGGCAACGGCGCGUUGGGCCUCAGCAGCGAGGAGAACCGCACCAUCAACCAGCUGCUGGCGGAGUUGGAUGGGCUGGAGGCGAGUGAGGCUGUGGUCGUCUUUGCCGCCACCAACUUCAUGGAGAGUCUGGACAAGGCCUUGCUGCGUGAGGGACGCUUUGAUCGUAAGGUGGAUAUUCCCAUGCCUGACAAGGCGGCCCGCUGUGACCUCUUCCAGCACUACCUGAGCCGGAUCACCUGCGACGAUGCGCCGGCGCUGUCGAGGAGGCUGGCGGAGUUGACGCCUGGCGUGUCACCCGCCACUAUCGCCGCUAUCGUGAACGAAGGCGCGUUGAGCGCGGCCAUCCACGACAAACCCACCGUCACGGCCGUUGAUUUGCUUCCCGCCAUCGACGACGUUCUCGUAGGGAAGAAGCACCGCAACCGAAUGCAGGCUGCUGCGGCGCAGCGUACGGCGCUGCACGAGAGCGGGCACACGCUUGUGGCGUGGCUGCUGCCGGAGCAGCCGGACGUGGUGAAGGUGUCCAUCGUGCCCCGUGGCGCGGCCGGCGGUUUUACGCAGCAGGUUGGGCGGGAGGUGCUGGACAUGCCGACGGAGUUUUCGUUGUUCACGGACAUCUGCGUGAUGCUGGGCGGGCGGCUGGCGGAGAUGACGCAGCACAGCUCCCUGACGACCGGCGCACAGGACGACUACCAGCGUGCGACGCAGACGGCGGUUCGCGAGUUUCUUGCGUUCGGCAUGUCCCGCCAGGUUGGCCUGCUGUCGUACGAACCCCAGCGACUGAGCGAAGGGCGGAUGUAUCAGAAGCACUCGGAGAAGGCGCAGAAGCUGGCGGAGGAGGAGGCGGCUCUGCUGGUGUCGGCGGCCACCGAGUACGUGAAGUCGUUGCUGAAGGCACACGAUGCUGUGCUGCGCAAACUCGCCGCCGCACUUUUUGAGAAGAAGGAGUUGCUGCGUGAGGAUGUGGAGGCGAUUGUGGGGCCGAGGCCCGGCAGCAGCUCGACCAUCUCCGCGGAAACGCGUGCUGCGCUUCGACGCUUUUCGACCGCUUCCGAGGAGGCGGCAUUGCGGCGUAGCACGAGCAGGGACGCUCUUUUUACUCCUGCUACAGCAUAA